AUGCGCAUCAAAGGCCGAAAAUCCAAAGUCGACCGCCGCCAGCCCCAACGCGGGGGCCGAUUCACCUCCGCGCAACUCGCGUGGAUGGACCGCGAUCAAGAACGCCUGCACCGCGCGCGAGAAAAGGAAAGGAGACGCAUUGCGAACAAGAAGAGACAAGCAGAGAAGGAAGCUAAAGAGCGCGAAGAGAGGAGGAAACAAGGGAUACCGGAUCCGCAUGCAAUGCCUGUGCCGUCUAGUCAGCCAUUGUUAUCUAAGUUCCUUGCGAAGCCGAAAACCGCGCCGCCAUUGGAGUCGCCGUCUGUCGAGACACCGGAGUUUGGGGAUGAUGAUUUUGCGGGGCAAUCUGAUGGCGGUGAUACAGAGGUGUGCUCGUUGGACAGUUAUGAGGCGGAGAUCGAGGCGUUUGAUCAGAGAGUACUGGUGGAUGAAAUAGCAGCAGAGCGUGAAGGUCGCCAGUGGAUGGUUGAGUUGACGCCGGCCCUCGAUCGCAUCAGAAAACAUGGCCCUACGGUGGAUGGUGGAUGCAAUAAUAUUGAAAAGGAAGAGCAGGACGGCCCCAAAGAUGACGAUGAGGACGCAUUUUCGGAAUGCUCAGCUUUCUACGAUGAAAAUUUCAUUCGGGAGGCAGAAACAGUUGCAACUGCGCGGGACCAGGGUCCACAGAAGGCAUCGCAGUCGCUUGAAGCGCAACCGCCACAAGGCCAACCAGCGCAAUCCCAGACCCAACAUACGGCAGCGCGACCGCAACCGCAACCAAUACCACGUCCACCAGCUGAACCGGCUAUAGAGGAAUCAUUUCGAGACGAUACAGCGGACUUUUUGGAGCAGUUUGGUUGCAAUCUCGGCGCAGAUGGAGAUUUUGCGCCGGACGAAGACUUUGAGAGGGAAUUGGUUCAACUCAACGCGGGUUGA